CUGCUGUCACACCUGUCAGUCUCAGAUGGGAUGGUUCAGCAGCUCGAAAGCACCAGAAAAGCCUGAUCCGGCGUCGAGAAACGACAGGCAGAAGUGUUGGGACAGUCGAGACGCCUACUUCGCCUGCCUCGAUGGCGCCAAAGUCGUGAAGCCUGGCGACGAGGGCAGUGCAUGUGAUGGUCCGAAGGCUGCGUACGAGCGGAACUGUGCAAAAAGCUGGGUGCGUGAUUGAGCUUGCUCGCUGUUGCUAUGCCCUUCUCAUGCCAAUGCAUAAUAUCAACAGAUCGACUAUUUCAACAAACGUCGGGUGUUGGCGGAGCAACAGCAGGGCAUCCUCGCACAAGCCAGCACUCAAUC